AUUUUAUAAAAAAAAAGAAGUAACACGGCCGUUGUAUGUUGACUGCGUUUGCAAAUAUCUAUUUUUAUUUUGAGUAUUUACUUCAAAUUUUCUGUAAUAUUUUGUUUCAGUUACAGUUUAUGUGAAUGCUUAUUGUGAAUCAAACAAAUAAAUACUCUUCGUUGUGCAAUAAUAAUUUUCGCCAUGUUUUUUGACGAGGACGAUAUUAUCGAUGAAGAGAGAUAUUUCAAUCCAGAAAUAUUCAGACUUGUCAGUCGCGAAUUCUAUUCAAAUCUUGAAGUCAUACCCUAUGGUGUUAGAACUGUGCCUACUCACACAGAAGAUGGAAUUCCGAUUAGGAAGUUGUAUGUAUCUAAUCUACCUCCAAAGACAACUCGCAUGGAGCUUUUUGGUAUCUUUGCUCAGUAUGGCUUUAUCAAGAGCUGUUGGUUAAGAAUGGGUGAUAAAGGCCCUUAUCGGGCUCCUGCCCCUACAUAUGCAUUUGUCACCUUUAGCAACCCUGAAGAUGCACACAAAGCAUUACAAGCCCCAAGUCAUGAGAAAAUACUGCGAGGUCGCAAUCUAAGGAUAUCACCAGCUGACAGUUGGCACCAGCCUCUGGAGGAUGCCGAAGGGAAGGUUAUAUGGAAGAAUCGUGCUGAUCGCCGUGGAAACAAUAACAAUAAUGGACAGCAAGAAGUAUUGCCUGAGUCCUCAUCAGAUAAUGGGGAGGCGUCAAAUUCAGAAGUUAAUGUUAACGAAGAAGAAACAACAGAAGAUGAACCAAGCUAUAACAUACUGGACAUCCUCAACCGGGAUUGUCUUAAUCAUAUCCUAACAUUUGUUCCAAUAAGAGAUUUAAUUCGAUCGGAGCGAGUCAGCAAGAGGUGGCAGUGUAUGGUGCAGGAGUAUCUUGAUAGUAUACGUCUGUUCAAAACGUCGUGGUGGCAGCAGCAGCCGCGGCGGCUGACGACGGCGGUGCUGCGCCACGUGUUGUCGCGGCUGGGCGCCUCGCUCACCAGACUGCACAUCGACCAUCCCUGGUCCGCGCUCAACGACCGCACCGCGCACACUGUCGGCAAGUUCUGUCCCAACCUCGAGGAGCUCAAGAUAGUGAGCAUGCACACGAAGAAUUGGAAUCCACUAAUCUAUGGUUGCAAACAGUUGAAAAGUCUUACAUUCUUAAACUGUACCAAGUUAACGGACUCGAGCUUAGUGCAUCUGGUGAAAGAUAACUCGAGCAUCGAAAGCUUGACCGUAGCGAACAAUACACACGUCACAGGCCUAUUCCUGACCGGCUCCAACCCUCUCAAACUCAGCUCGCUUUCAUUCCACAACUGUUACAGCCUUCAGGGUACCGUACUGACGACAGCCAUCGACACUUUACCGCACCUAACCACGCUGAAGUUAGACGUGUGUCCCGUAGCAAUGUGGAAAAUUAUCCCAUUAAUAUUGAAUAAACUACCAAAGUUAGAGGAACUAUCGUUGAGCGAAUAUUCCUCAGUGGAGUUGUGCGUGUGGCCGCAUGUCAACGAAGCGUUUUGUGAAUCGCUGGCGAACUUAAAGGAGUUGAAAUCGAUAAACUUGAGUAGAAACAUUUACGUGUCGAAUGCGGUGUUGAAGGCGAUCGGAGCGCACUGCAGUAAACUUGAGUCGCUCGAUGUGUCCAGUUGUAAUUCCAGAAAGUCAUUCCCUCAUCCAGGCGUGGGCGACGAAGGCAUCCUGGCCAUAUGCAAGGGCUGCCCGGCGCUGCGCGCGCUGGACGUGUCGUACCUGGCGGGCGUGUCUCCGGCCGGCGCGCGCGCGCUCACGCGGCUCUCGCAGCUCACGCGCUUGCGCGCGCGCGCGCUCUCCGCGCUCUCCGCCGGCGUCGUCGCGCUGUGUCUGCACCACUGCCACCAUCUGGAGGACGUAGACGUGUGCGGCUGCGACAACAUAACGGAACAUCUGAUAUCGGCGGCCGUGGAGGCGCUGCGCGCGCGGCCGCGCAAGCUGCGGCUGCGGCUCGUCGGCACCGCCGUGCCCGUGCUCGAGGAGCAUCCGACGCAUAGCCUGCUAACCGUGGACAUGUACGAAGACACCUGCGACCCGAACUUCAGGCCGGACUUCGUGGACCAAGUCUUCGAUAGCUCCGACGAGUCCUAUACAGACGAGAUGCAAGGAGACGACUACGACUUCAUAGACCCCGCUGACGAUCUCUUCCUCGAUGAUGAUGACGAAGAGGAGUUGGACGAGUACUUGUACCGGUUUCAUUAUUACUAGCCGCUGAAGUCCCAUUGCCUAGUCGCUGCACACCCCGACGCCACUACUAUAGCCUAGCUACUGAAUACGAGUAUAAACGACGUGGUGCGAGUGUAAACUUUCAGAAGUGAUACUAUUGUUUUCUAUUUAUGUUUUUAUUUGUUUAUUGAAGAAUCAUAUUUGUUUAAACCAUUUUGCCCAUGUUAUUAUUUUAGUUACACGAAGACGCGAAUGCAAGUUAUCAUCAAGUUUUGAAGAGUGGAGUGAUUUUUGUUGCUAUUUGUCACCUAUUUCAUUAAGCCAUACGUGUUCAUGAUGUUCUCAUUUGUUUUUCAACAUUUUGUGGGGCUGAAUCUUAUAGACACACUAAAUAUUACUUAACAUAUCUGUGAUUAAAAAUAUUUUUAAAGUAACAAUCUAUAUUCAAGUAUACAUUAUUAUUUCCUUGCACUUGUACAAAUAAGCAAUUUGAUUAGUUGUCACAGCUAAGCAAUCAGUAGAGUAAUAGAAUUAAAUUGAUAGUAAAAAUUAGCCAUACAUUUGCACUCAAACUGUGAUGAAGAAAUGUGAAAAAACCUCUCAAUAGUUAUAUAUUUUUAAGCUCAUGUAUUCUGUGCAAAAUAAUUAGUGUUCAGAUUAAUUACUGUUAUUAUUUGUUAAAUGCUAGUUAGGAAAUUUUAUCAAACUGUCCGAAUAUCCUGUAAGUAUAUGUAUAAUAUGGCUUCAAUAAUAAUGUUUAUAUAAGUAAUUGUAUUUUAAUUGCGUUUAUGACUCAUUAUGGAAAUUCAUGUUUGCGCGAGAAGUUAUUUGUUUAAAAUGAUGCUAGACGAUGAAAGAAAAGGUGUAGUAGACUUUAAAGCCCGAUAAAUCAAGAAUUUAUUCUCAAUAUACCUAAUAAAAGUCUGUUGUGUCUAGUGGUUUACGCAACGAUCAAAUGUUUGAAGGGUAGAAAAUAAUUGGAACUUUUUGUUAAUAACCCUCUCUCUACUGUUAUUUAUCUUGUCCAGUUGCGCUUCAGUAAUUGCCGCUAGUUCCUACAGGAUACAAUUGUCACUGAUCUAAAAGAUUUGAAAUAUAUUUACAAAAUUUUCUUUCAUUAAACUUUUGUAUGUCAUAUUAUAGAUAUGGGUUAAUGUUAACUAUUUAUGUAAAUAUAUAAGUAUUUCCUAUGGCAUAUCUGUAUAGAUUUCUUCAAAACAAAACUCCUUUGAAAUUGCUGGUUUCAAUAUUAUUCAAUAUUAAUGGUUUCAAUUUUAUUGGCCAACUAAGUCAAACUCAUAUAGAACUGUGAUCUGUUUUGUUUGUCAUUCACCUACCAAAGGUGACGCCAGAUUUCAUUCUCAUUGUCUUUCAUAUGUAACCAUUUAUUUUUAAUAACUAUAUUUACUACAUUCGCAUUUUAAUUUUCCGUCAUGGUCGGGCCAAGAAUGAUGACACCCAGUAUUGUAUUUUUAUAUUUCUGCACAUGUAAUUAAUUACAUUUUAUAUGAAAAAAUGGUUAUGAAUGAACGACAGAAUUUGCAACUGGUGUUUCCUUACCUUGCAGGCAAUUGUAUUGUUAUGUCAUUAGUGUAUUUAUAAAUUUGUCACUGUGGAUUCUACUAUUUAGACUUAUAAUAAUGCCGAUAACAGUCUUAUGUUAGUGUUUCUGAUUUAAAUUUUCUAUGAUUUUGAUUAAAUUUUUUUAUAACAGAUACAUUGCCAUGUCCAUUAGUCUUAUUUUUCAUAUCUAUCCAUGUGAAACUUUGGAAAAUCUGUUCUUUUUUUAUCUAUUAACAGAGGUCCCUAAAAUGCCUAUUGUUUAUCGGUAUAUUAGUACAGAUAUAUUUUUGGGCGAUUGAGGCCCUACAUAAUAUUUUUACCUCCAUAAAUUAGUAUGCAUUAUCUAUUUAGAUAGUUUUUCAGGAAUUAUAAGUUUUGAAAGAUUUUUCAAGAAUUUAUAUUACAUUGCUGUAACUUUAUUCAUAUUCAUUCACUUUAUAAAAACUGAAUGUAUUAAAUCGGAAAUGAUUUUGAUUUAUUUUUAUCAAAGGCUGAUUUGUUUUAAUCACAUGUGGAAGCAAUCAAUGUCUAUAUUUUUUAAGAAUUUUUAUAAAGAAUUAAAAUUAAAACCUCUAAUUUCUACCUUUGAAUGAGAAGAAAUUUUUUUGUUGUUUGACAAAUAAAAAUAUACUUUAUACAUUUUUAUGAUCUUCACUGUUUACAUGUUUCACAUAUGUGAUAUUUUAUUGAGGUAUGAAAUUGAACAUUAUGUUUCUAUGUUUUUAAUUUCAUUAAUUUUAGGAGUUGAGUACAUUUUGUGAAAACAUGUGAGUUGUAGGAGAACACAAAUAAUUUUGUCUCACAACUGCAUUUUUUUUCAUUCACUACUAAGUCAUAAAGCAUUGUUUUUUUAGUUGUUUUUUUGUCUAUUGAUGUGAUAAAAUGAUUUCACUGAGUAUAUCAGUCUUUACGAUUAUAUUACAACAUGUAUUGUCUGGUGAUUUCACAUAAUAGUGGUUUUUGUUUUUAGAUUUUCAUUUUAGGAGAAAACCAUGCAUGAGAUGAUUUGUGAAAAGUUAGUUUUUAUACAUUAAUUGUUUUAACAUUAUUAGUAAGAAACAAAAUACAGGCAUUCUCUUCA